UCAAAUAUUUUAUUCACACCAAAAAAAAAAAAAAAAAAGCCUUCCUUUCCCUGUUCCCCAAAGCAAAUUUUGCAGUAAGUUGCAAAUCCAUCUUUGAUACCCCAACUUAAUUUGCAGACCCACCAGCCACCACUUCCCGGCCUCCCAAGCCAGUUUCGCCCCACGGCAUCCUGCACCCCGCACACCCAACUUCUCCCCUCUCUCCGACAGAAGCCCUCUCUUCCAAUAAGACUUCUUCAAAAACAGAUCUUGGUGAUUUCUGGAGAAGAGGAAAAAAGAAAACGUAUUUUGAAAAUGAGUUCUGAAGCCUUACAUGUUACUAAGGUGUACAGAAACCUGCUCAGAGCAGUGAAGAAACAUAUUGGCAAUGAAGAGAACAAGAGGCACUUCAGAGAAUAUGUGACAGAAGAAUUUAGAAAAAAAUCCAUAUCAACAGACCUCUCUUCCAAUCAGCAUAGAAUUAAGCUUGCCCAAGAUUACACUUUUCUUCUCAACAGUGUGCACCAUCACAAGGACUUGUUAUUCUCUUACAACAUUGCUGUGGAUAGAUCAGAUGAGAUGAGGAGAAUACUUGGGAAAUCUGCUGCAAGUGUUGGUCUUCAACUACCCGAGGUUUAUCAACCUUAAAGG